AUGGCUAAUUCCACCGACUGCUGCGCCUUCGAUUCCCCCAUUCUGGACCAAGUCCUGCCCCCCAUCUUGGUCCUGGAGUUCAUGUUCGGCCUGAUGGGAAACUUUGUGGCUCUGUGGAUGUUUAUAUUCUACAUGGACACCUGGAAGCCCAACUCUGUUUACCUCACACACCUGGCGGUAGCCGACUCCGUGGUGCUGUUCUGCCUGCCCUUCAGGGCCGACUACUACCGGCGGGGCAAGAACUGGAUCUAUGGCGACGUUCUCUGCCGCAUCCUGCUCUUCCUGCUGGCGGCCAACCGUGCGGCGGGCAUCUUCUUUCUCACGGCGGUGGCAGUGGACCGCUACCUGAAGAUCGUCCACCCACUGAACAAGAUCAACCGGAUGGGGCUGAGGUACGCACUGUGGGUGUCCUUCGGCCUGUGGUGCCUCAUCGUGGCCAUGACGGCCUACCUGCUGUUCGAGGAGCACUUCUUCUACAACAACAACCGCACCCAGUGCGAGAGCUUCAACAUCUGCAUGGGCUUCAACCCGCUGUCCACCUGGCACAACACGUUCUACGUCAUCCAGUUCUUCCUGCCCGUGGCCAUCGUCACCUUCUGCACCGUGCGCAUCACGUGGCAGCUGAAGAGCAAGACGGUGGACAGCCAGGGCAAGAUCAAGAGGGCGGUGCAGUUCGUGCUGGCCGUGGCCCUGGUCUUCAUCAUCUGCUUCUUCCCCAGCAGCAUCUCCCGCAUUGCCGUCUGGAUCCUCAAGUACUGGUACAACGAGUGCGUCUACUUUCGGGAGGCCAACCUGGCCUUCUACACCUCUGUUUGCUUCACCUACUUCAACAGUGUGCUCAACCCGCUGGUCUACUACUUCUCCAGCCCAGCUUUCAGUGGAACGUUCCAGAAGGUCUUCAACAAAGUCCUAGGCCGAAAGGUUACAGAUGAAGACACAUCAUCUAACGACAACACUGGCAAUAGGGGCAUGAUAUCCACUGUUUCUAGUGAAAGGUGA